GCUCAUCAGCAGUGCAGGAAGGCAGACCGUCUGCUGGUGGCUGGGAAGUAUGAAGAGGCCAUCACCUGCCAUGAGAAAGCAGCAGAACUUUUGACAGAAGCCAUGAAGACAACUGAGUGUAAGCAGGCUCGUCUGUCCAUGGAGCUGCAGAGGGACAGUCAUAUCAAACAGCAGCGACUCAUCCAGGAGCGCUUGAAGAGAGAGACCCGUCGAGAGGCCACGAAGUCCCGCCUCGCUCAGGUGCAGCCCCCCCCCAGCAGCCCGGCCCUCCUCACCCAGACCCCGGGCCAGCUGCAGCCCAGCGGCCCCCCGGCUGCAGAGGGGGUCAGGGAGCGGGAGUACGACACCCUGCUCUACCAGCUCCAGACCCGGCAGACCGGGGGCUGCCAGCCUCUGACCACGCCGUGCCCCGGCACUAAGACCACCAAAGACGACAAGACCCGGCUGGAGGAGCAGCAGACCACCAUCGAGGACCUGCGGCGCCUGGUGACCCGCCUGAUGGACGACAACCAGCAGCUGCGCUCGGAGAACGCCCGGCUGCGCUCCGAGGCCACCGACGCAGACUUUGUGGAGUGCUCCGAGCUCUGGGGGAACUCACAGGCAGGGGGCGCUCUGGGGACAGGGGGGGAGCAGGUGAGGAGGAGCACGGGUGGGAAGGGGAAGGAGAUCGCCAUCCCCCAGCUGCCCCCGCUGGAGAUGCCCGCGCAGGAGGACCUGUGUCUGGACGACCUGCCCCCUCUGGAGCUGCCCGAGGACAUCCAGAACGAACUGAAGGAUCUGCUGGACAGGGACAAGCUGUGA